UAAUUUAUUGUGAUUUGAGGAAAGGGCGGCGGUGACUUGCUCUCAAUCUCUGCCAGGACCUGCGACCGAGGGGAGGGGGCGGGGCCAAGAUGGCGCCGAGCGCCGGGUGAGCGGCGCUUUGGCAGCGGGCUUCAUCACUUUACCUGGGGGUCGCACCCUUCCAGGGAGGAGAGGAGGUACUCCAGCAUGGCUGAAGAGAAGAAACUAAAGCUCAGCAAUACUGUGCUGCCCUCUGAGUCCAUGAAGGUUGUGGCUGAAUCAAUGGGCAUUGCACAGAUUCAGGAGGAAACCUGCCAGCUGCUGACAGAUGAAGUCAGCUAUCGAAUCAAAGAAAUUGCACAGGAUGCUCUCAAGUUCAUGCACAUGGGGAAGCGGCAGAAGCUCACCACCAGUGAUAUUGACUAUGCCCUAAAAUUGAAGAAUGUUGAGCCACUCUAUGGCUUCCAUGCUCAGGAAUUUAUUCCUUUCCGUUUUGCAUCUGGUGGGGGCCGAGAGCUCUACUUCUAUGAGGAGAAGGAGGUUGAUCUCAGUGACAUCAUCAACACCCCUCUGCCUCGGGUACCUCUGGAUGUUUGCCUCAAAGCUCACUGGCUGAGCAUCGAAGGCUGUCAGCCAGCUAUACCAGAGAAUCCACCACCAGCUCCCAAAGAGCAGCAGAAGGCUGAGGCCACAGAACCCCUGAAGUCAGCAAAGCCAGGCCAGGAGGAAGAUGGACCUCUGAAAGGCAAAGGUCAAGGGGCCACCCCAGCUGAUGGCAAAGGGAAAGAGAAGAAGGCACCACCUUUGCUGGAGGGGGCUUCUUUGCGCCUGAAGCCUCGCAGCAUCCAUGAGCUCUCUGUGGAGCAGCAGCUGUACUACAAGGAGAUCACCGAAGCCUGUGUGGGGUCCUGUGAGGCCAAGAGAGCGGAAGCUCUGCAGAGCAUUGCCACAGACCCAGGGCUCUAUCAGAUGCUGCCACGGUUCAGCACCUUCAUCUCUGAGGGGGUCCGUGUCAACGUGGUUCAGAAUAACCUGGCCCUGCUCAUCUAUCUGAUGCGUAUGGUGAAGGCACUGAUGGAUAACCCUACAUUAUAUCUAGAAAAAUAUGUGCAUGAGCUGAUUCCAGCAGUGAUGACCUGCAUUGUGAGCAGACAGUUGUGCCUGCGACCUGAUGUGGACAAUCACUGGGCACUCCGGGAUUUUGCUGCCCGCCUUGUGGCCCAGAUCUGCAAGCAUUUCAGCACAACAACUAACAACAUCCAGUCCCGGAUCACGAAGACCUUCACUAAGAGCUGGGUAGAUGAGAAGACUCCCUGGACGACUCGUUACGGCUCCAUUGCAGGCCUGGCAGAGCUGGGACAUGAUGUGAUUAAGACUCUGAUUCUGCCACGGCUGCAGCAGGAGGGAGAGCGGAUUCGAAGUGUCCUGGAUGGCCCAGUGCUGAGCAACAUCGACCGCAUUGGCGCUGACCAUGUGCAGAGCCUCCUGCUGAAACACUGUGCACCUGUACUGGCUAAGCUGCAUCCUCCACCUGACAAUCAGGAUGCCUAUCGGGCAGAAUUUGGAUCCCUUGGGCCCCUUCUCUGUUCCCAUGUGGUCAAGGCCCGGGCCCAGGCUGCUCUACAGGCACAGCAGGUCAACAGGACCACACUGACCAUCACACAGCCCAGGCCCACAUUGACCCUGUCUCAGGCCCCUCAGUCUGGCCCUCGAACCCCUGGCUUGCUGAAAGUCCCUGGCUCCAUCGCACUGCCUGUCCAGACACUGGUGUCUGCACGAGCUGCUGCCCCUCCUCAACCUUCCCCUCCUCCAACCAAGUUUAUUGUAAUGUCAUCGUCUUCCAGCGCCUCAUCCACCCAGCAGGUCCUGUCCCUCAGCACCUCAGCCCCUGGCUCAGGAUCCACCACUACCUCUCCAGUCACCACCACAGUCCCCAGCGUGCAGCCCAUUGUCAAGCUGGUUUCCACUGCCUCCAAUGCACCCCCCAGUACAGCCCCCUCUGGGCCUGGCAGUGUCCAGAAGUACAUCGUGGUCUCACUACCCCCAACAGGAGAUGGCAAAGGAGGCCCUCCCUCCCAUCCUUCUCCAGUCCCUCCCACCUCAUCUUCCCCCUCUCCACUUGGGGGCAGUGCCCUCUGUGGGGGGAAACAGGAAGCUGGGGACAGCCCACCUCCAGCACCAGGGACUCCGAAGGCGAAUGGUUCCCAGCCCCCUGGACCUGGCUCCCCUCAGCCUGCUCAGUGAUAACAUCAUCCAUCUGCUGACCUCUCCCAUGGAUUCCUAUGUGCACAUUUGCAAGCAAUAUGGAAGAAAGAGUAGGCUUGAUACCCCACAUGACUUUCUUUUUAGAUACUGUACAGUUACUUCCUCGGAAUAAAAGUUGAUUUGUAAA